GAACCGCGUCUGUGGGUCUAUAUGGCAUUUAAACAACCUGAGAGUCCAAUUAACUUUAUCUUUCUCCAUCUUCUUCAUUAUAGCGUACAGGUGUGCUCUUUUCAGCCUACUAUGGUUACUGUCCAGUGUUUUAUGUUCCUCAGAGAGUACUCUAUAGAGAACGGCAGCCAGCUCGACACUAUGACUCCAGUUGUAGAUCAGCCCGGAUUCAGCCGCACGGGAUACACUGUAGUGGCAGUGUGUUUGGGAAUAAUCUUCGUUUUCGGUUUCCUAAAUAACUUUCUUGUUCUUUUGGUCUUCGCCCGCUUUCAUGUCCUGAGGACUCCGAUCAACUUAAUACUGGUGAACAUCAGUGUGAGCGACAUGCUCGUUUGUAUUUUUGGCACACCUUUGAGUUUCGCCGCGUCUGUGCACGGCCGGUGGCUGACGGGAGUUCAUGGCUGCAGGUGGUAUGGCUUUGCCAACGCACUGUUCGGCAUUGUUUCACUGGUAUCCCUUGCUGUACUGUCAUACGAGCGUUACAGCACCAUCCUCUGCUGCUCAAAAGCAGAUGUGUCUGACUAUAGGAAGGCCUGGCUCUUCAUCACAGGCUGCUGGCUGUACUCUCUCGUGUGGACAGUGCCCCCACUCUUUGGCUGGAGCAGCUAUGGUCUUGAGGGUCCCGGCACCACCUGUUCAGUCCAGUGGAACCAGCACUCCCCGGAAACAAGAUCUUACGUCAUCUGCCUCUUUGUCUUUUGUCUGCUGCUGCCUCUUCUUCUGAUGGUCUACUGCUACGGGAAGAUCCUCAUUGCCAUUCAUGGGGUUGCUAAGAUCAAUCAGACAGCUGCACAGAGGAGGGAAACGCACGUGCUGGUGAUGGUGGUUUCCAUGGUGUCCUGUUACUUGCUCUGUUGGAUGCCUUACGGGGUCAUGGCAUUGCUUGGCACAUUCAGCGUCGGUAUUGUCAGCCCCACAGCCAGCGCCGUGUCAUCCAUACUAGCAAAGAGCAGCACCGUUCUGAACCCCAUCAUAUACGUUCUGUUCAAUAAUCAGUUUUACAGAUGCUUUAUAGCUUUAGUAAGAUGUGGACCAGAACCUCCAGCCCAUCUCACCCUUCACACAGAAGAAGGUGGUGCUCAACAGGACUGCAUCCCUAUGGGGUCAUAUGGUGCUACUUCUCCACCUGACAGCCCAGACAAGUUUGGGACCCAGAGGGCUUCAGUACAAAGAGGUAAUAAGACUCUGGUGCUUGUUGAGCCUGGGAUAUGAAAGGUCCAUCCAUGCGAAACCAUAUUUAGAGGGACAGGAAACUACAUUGUGUGCAUUUUUACUGCCAUAUACUUAACACAAUGUUUGUGUUAUUAAGAAAGAUACUAGUAUAUUUAUAAGUGCAAUGUAGAUAUUAUUAUUAAUUUUUUUUUUUUUUUUCAAAUGUUGCGUGUAAUUAUUGCCACCAGGUGUCAGUAUUUGUUCUAACAUGAAACAUUGAAACUUGGGCUUGGCAGCAUCCGAAGGUCAUGCCUAUGGUGUGCACAGAAGUGGAAGAAAAAAAAAGGUAUUAAAGUUUUUUUUGGUCAUACUAUAUCAGAAUCUUCUUCAAGUAUACUGGUCCCCUGAACCCUUUUACCUGUUCAGUACAGCAAUUACAGUGACACAUAACUAUAAACCAAAAUAUUUCACCAGGGAUCUUUUUUCUUACAGAACUUGGUAAAUGGAUUUAAUCAAUCUAGAAGUCUGAAUAUUGCAUGUUAUGUUCAAUUUCUUCAAGUAAUAUAUAUAUAUUACUUUAAAUUACUGCAAUAUUUUUGAGUGGUAAUGGAGUAAGAAACUUAUUUUUAAAUGGAUUUUUUAUUAAUGAAUUUUCUGUUAAUCAUUUUUUUAUUUUAUUAGUUUGUUUUCUUUUGUUGUUGUUGUUGUUGUUUAUAUCUUCCUCAUGAACUUUUCUCUUCAUUAACAGUUAUGAGAAAAUGUUGAGGAAACCUUUGAAAUUAUUUAGAUUUCUAUAUGACACUUCCUAAAAUCAUAAGUCAAUACAGAUCAUCUUGCAUACCAGACGAGAAAAAAAUAUUUAGCAAAUCCAUAUCAACAAAUGGUUAAAUCCAUCAAAGUAGUAAUUAAUAUACAAUGUGACUUUCUAGGCCUCUUGAAAAAUUAAAUCUUUGGUUACCUGCUCUUUACCUCUGAAUACUGUUAAAGUGCAAUAUGGCAUGACCUAAGAGAUUUCAGAGAACCACAGAAGAGGAAUUGUACAGGGUCAUUAGUCUGGAAAAGGUUACAUGAGGGUGUCUGAAGACUUGGGGCUCCAUCAGUCUCCACUGAAGCAGAUUGAUUACAAAUAGAAGAAAUUCAGCACCAGUGGUACCAUGGCUGUCCUUUAAAAGGUCAGUGUAAGGACAUAUCAAAGGAUCCUUCAGAAAAUGACAAAGUACCCUAGAGGUAAAUCUGUGGAUCUGCAAGCAUACUUAUUAAAAUAUAAUUGUUCCAAUUUUACAGCACAUUGUCAGGAAGUUUGUUAUCUGAAAUUAAAAAAAAAAAGUUAGUCAUGCAACAUGUUUGUUCCUAAACAGAGGAAUAAAUCACCAUCAGAGUGCGUCCAAACUAAAAAAUAGUCAGGUCAGAGUCCUGACCUCAAUCUCAUUGAAAUGCUGUGGCAUGAUUUCUAUUCAAGGCCAUUUGAGGCAUCCCAAAAAUAUGCAAGAUAUCCUAAAAUAUUUAUGAAACAGCUUGUGCAGGGGAGCUAUAGGACAUAUUUGACAGUGCUUGGGGUCCCAAAAAGUUACUAAAUAUAAAUAGUAUUCACAAAAAACAUUUGUGUCACUGUAAAAUAUUGUUAAAUGACAGAAUUUAAUUAUUACUGACUUAGAUGGAAGCACAUGCUGAGAGCCUGCUGACAUAAAUCAAGAUCAUUUCAAAAGGUUGAAACUUUUUUUUUUAACUGUUCGUUAGGAUAGAUGGUGCAGGUUCUAUGAUUAGCCUUGGCUGAUUAAGUUCACAGGAAAUAUGUGAGGAAGGCUUUCAUUAAUAGGGCUCCUUGUUCUCAUCACAGAAUAACUGGCUCUGAAAUUGGCUUUUACCUGACAGAGAUAGAGCUGCAUAUCACACUCUCUAAUGAGCCAGCAAACCAGUCGAUGAGAAAAGAGCUUCAGCUCUGAGGAUGGCAUGUUGAUCUGAAAAACCCAUCUGAGUUGACAGGGUUUGGUAUGCAACAGUUUAGUUUAAGCUCAAUUAAAAAUGUAAUUAAAUCAAUUACAUGAUAUGCUGAGUUGUUUAUCAAAUUAAUCAUAGUAAUUCAUAAUAUUUACUGUGAAACAUAAUGAAGGUAAGCCAUGCAUUCAAUUAUAGAGGCAGGUGAAUGGAUAUCAUUUGAAUGUUAAUUUUAAUAUAUAUUUUAAAAAUGCAAUUUCUAUAGGCUGGAUUCAUAUUGAAAAAUAUAACCAAAACAAAAAUUAGCUGACCAUCCAGUGGUCCCAGGUUUUUCCUUUCAAAUUAUCACAAUGCAGUCAGUGUAUUUGCUAUAAUUAAAUCUAUAAUGUGAGUGAUCUGUGUAUUAUAUCAAAUCCUAUUCUCUGUAUUCAUCUCUCAAGUUUAUUAUCCCGUCACAAAUCUCAUGAACCUCACUGUCAUUAAUUAUACAGGGCAAGGCAAAGGUUCACAUGCAUGAUUACCAAUAGACAUUCAUUUGGCCUGUCAUGUCAGAUAAUCCAUCGCAGUAUAUUUCAAUCUCAGCACAGUGGUAAAUAUGGCUUCAGCAGAAAGGUAAUGUAUGGACCUCUUAUAAUUACAAACCACAAUCCUGUGGUUUAAUGAAAAGGGGGUUCCUGUUUAUAUUUCUAUUUUAAAAA